GGGGCGGGUCCGCCGGCGGGGCGGGGCGGCCGGUGGCCGGGGGGCGGGCUGGCGGCAGGACUGUGGCCCGAUCCCGAGCCGUAGCAGGAGCUGCGGCGGCCGUGGAGCACGGGCGCCGGCGCAGUACAAUGAGGCAGCCAGUGGAUCCGGGAGCCUGAGCCCUUGUGAAGCCGGCGAUGACAAGUCUGAAUGGUCGCCAUGCCGAAAAAACCAUUGACAUGCCAAAACCGUCAGCCCCCAGAGUGCACGUGCAGAGGUCCGUGUCCCGAGACACUAUCGCCAUCCGCUUCUCGGCAUCCGGGGAGGAGGAGGAGGAAGAGGAGGAGGAGUUCAGGGAGUACCUGGAGGAGGGGCUGGACGACCAAAGCAUUGUAACGGGGCUCGAAGCCAAGGAAGACCUGUAUCUUGAACCCCAGGGUGGCCAUGACCCCGCUGGCCCUGGCGCCCAGCUCAUCCUGGCAGACGGACUGUCCGUGUCCCCUGCCAUCUUGCGCGUCUCCGAGAACACUGCAAAGCUGCUGGAGCCCCCUCCUGCAGCAGCACAAGUAUUAAGCACGGUGCCAUUGGCUCUGUCCCCGGGCUCGUCCUCCUCGGGGCCCUCAGCUAGCUCUCCCAGCGUGUCGCCCCUUCCUGAGCAGAAAACCAGUUCUUCCUCCCCGCUGUCCUCGCCUUCCAGGUCUCCCAUCCUCCCUCCCAGUGCCUCGUCCUCCACCCUUUCCAGCGCAAAGCCCUUCAUGAGCCUCGUGAAGUCCCUGUCGACCGAGGUGGAGCCAAAAGAAUCCCCCCACCCGCCACGGCACCGGCACUUGAUGAAGACGUUAGUCAAGUCUCUGUCCACCGACACCUCCAGGCAGGAGUCAGAUAACGUGUCGUACAAGCCAUCCGACUCCAAGCUGAAUAUACACCUGUUCAAGCCGUUCACGCAGCCACGAAACACAGGUGGAGAUUCCAAAACUGCACCCUCUUCCCCUCUGACGUCGCCUUCCGAUACACGCUCCUUUUUUAAAGUGCCCGAAAUGGAGGCGAAAAUCGAAGACACUAAGCGACGCCUUUCCGAAGUCAUAUAUGACCCUUUUCAGCUUUUUAGUAAAAUUAUAGGGGAAGAAAGUGGCAGCCAUAGGCCCAAAGCCUUAUCUUCAAGUGCUUCAGAGCUCUCCAAUCUGUCCAGCCUGAACGGUCACUUGGAAAGCAAUAACAGCUACAGCAUCAAGGAGGAGGAGUGUGACUCCGAGGGGGAGGGCUUGGGGAGCGACCCUGGCGUCCCCAGGAGUGACCACCCCCAGUCCUCCGAGGACCCUGCGAGAGAGGCAGAACCGAAGAGUUCUCAGGGGAGCAGUCUGAAGGAGGUAGGCCUGAAGACCGGCUCUCUGGUUCUUGAGAGGUGCUCUCUGUCUGCCUUGGUGAGCAAAGAGGAUGAAGAGUUUUGCGAACUGUACACUGAGGACUUUGAUUUGGAAACGGAGGGAGAGAGUAAAGCUGAGAGGCUCUCAGAAGUCCCUCUCAAGCCAGAGGUGCUGGCGGACGAUGGCACGGCUCUGGACAGUGACCACGAGGUGGACUCGGCCAUGCAGCACCCCGAAUUGCCCGUGAAGACUCUGGGCUUCUUUGUCAUGUUUGUCUAUGCGUACCUCAUCCUCCCCCUCCCCCAGUACGUGAGUGGACUCUUUCUGGGCGUUGGCCUUGGAUUCAUGACUGCAGUUUGCAUGAUUUGGUUUUUUACACCACCAAGUGCUCAUAAAUAUCACAGAUUACAUAAAAAUCUACAACACUGGAACCCAAGGUCUCUGGAUGUCAAAGAACCUGAGAUACUGAAGGGAUGGAUGAAUGAGAUUUACAACUAUGAUCCAGAAACUUACCAUGCGACUUUGACACAUUCAGUCUUUGUUCGACUUGAGGGUGGGACUGUAAGGCUUUCAAAGCCCAAUAAAAAUAUAUCCAGGAGGGCAAGCUACAAUGAAACAAAGCCAGAGGUGACCUACAUCAGCCAGAAAAUCUACGACCUGUCCGACAGCAAGAUUUAUCUUGUGCCUAAAAGUUUGGCUCGAAAGCGAAUCUGGAAUAAAAAGUACCCCAUUUGUAUCGAGCUUGGUCGACAAGAUGACUUUAUGUCUAAGGCCCAGACUGAUAAAGAGACUUCUGAAGAAAAGCCACCAGCCGAGAGGGAGUUGGGAGGCGAGGACCCUAAGAAGCCAACCCACCCUCAGGAGGGAACACGAUCUGGCCAGCGAGAUCAGAUACUCUAUCUCUUUGGGAGAACUGGCCGAGAAAAAGAGGAGUGGUUUAGGAGAUUUAUUCUGGCAUCUAAGCUGAAGUCAGAAACCAAGAAGCCACCUGGUGUCUCUGGAAGUAAACCAGGGGUUUUGCCCUCACACAGCAGACACAGCAGUCCCUCGGGGCACCUGACGCACAGCCGCAGCAGCAGCAAAGGCAGCGUGGAGGAGAUAGUGCCCCAGCCGAAGCAGAAGGAGCUGGCGGGCAGUGUACGGCAGAAGAUGCUUCUGGACUACGGUGUGUACAUGGCCAGGUGUGUCCCCCAAGAAAACCGAAGCCCCCAAAGGAGCCCAGCGCAGAGUGCGGAGAGCAGCCCCACAGCUGGGAAGAAGUUGCCAGAGGCUCCACCCUCUGAGGAGGAAGAACAGGAAGCCUGGGUGAAUGCCUUGCUUGGAAGAAUGUUUUGGGACUUCUUAGGCGAGAAGUAUUGGUCUGAUCUGGUGUCUAAGAAAAUCCAAAUGAAACUCAGCAAAAUAAAGCUCCCCUACUUCAUGAAUGAGCUAACUCUGACGGAGCUCGACAUGGGAGUAGCUGUGCCAAAAAUCCUUCAGGCCUUCAAGCCUUACGUUGAUCACCAAGGACUCUGGAUCGAUUUGGAAAUGUCCUACAACGGGUCCUUUCUGAUGACUCUUGAGACCAAAAUGAAUUUGACCAAACUAGGUAAAGAGCCUCUUGUUGAAGCCCUGAAGGUUGGAGAAAUUGGCAAAGAAGGUUGCAGGCCCAGGGCCUUCUGUCUGGCCGACAGCGACGAGGAGUCCUCCAGUGCUGGCUCCUCUGACGAAGAUGACGCACCAGAGCCUGGCGCAGGAGACAAACCGCUUCUCCCAGGGGCUGAAGGGUAUGUUGGAGGUCACCGAACAAGUAAGAUUAUGAGGUUUGUUGAUAAAAUUACCAAGUCAAAAUAUUUCCAAAAAGCAACGGAGACAGAGUUCAUUAAAAAGAAGAUUGAAGAAGUCUCCAAUACACCACUGCUGCUGACUGUAGGAGUACAAGAAUGCAGAGGAACCUUGGCGGUCAACAUUCCACCUCCCCCGACCGACCGAAUGUGGUAUGGUUUCCGGAAGCCACCACAUAUCGAGCUGAAAGCUCGGCCAAAACUUGGAGAGAGAGAAGUGACUUUAGUUCAUGUGACAGACUGGAUAGAGAAGAAACUGGAGCAAGAGUUUCAGAAAGUUUUUGUCAUGCCAAACAUGGACGACGUUUAUAUCCCUAUCAUGCACUCAGCCAUGGAUCCUCGCUCCACUUCCAGCCUCCUGAAAGACCCACUGGUGGAGGCUGCUGAUCAGCUGUGAUGGGUGCAGACCUGGUGUUCCCAGUAUUAUGAGAUGAAGCUCAAGGUGUGGGGUUCUCGGCUGCCAUCUGGGCUGUAGCACUGGCCUUUCCUCGUGCCACAGCUUCUGCCCUCUGCCUGCCGGUGCCCAUCCCACUGGGAGGUGUCCAGUGAAUGGGGUCCAGAUAGCCUCCUGCAAAGCUUUGACUCAGCAAAGGAAAACUUGGAAGGAUUGUCACGGUGGAUCCAGAGAUUACAGGUGACCCCCACCAUGGCUUUUCUAAGUCUACCAGUUUUUGUGGCAGCAAAAGAGCACAUUAAGAGCGAAGCUGCACAGCUGGGAGGCUUCCCCUUGCCUCCUCGAUGCCUCCAAAGCUUUUUCUCAGGCAGCCAGUGCAGUGGAAUGUUUUCUCACUUUUACAGUUUGUGUGACGCAGCCCUCCACACCAAGAGAACGUCAGUGUGGUUACACAUGUGGAGGGUGGGGAGUGGAAUUUUGUGAACUAUUUCUUUGGUGAUAAAAAGAUAUGCAUAGCAACUUACUCUUCUUAUCAAUUGUGCGUUUUGGAAGCAAGUAGCCAUAGAACACACACUCUAACACACUAUCAGCUGGGGCGGGAACCGUGGGAUUUAUGUGACCAUUAGGCAAAGCCAUGAGAUCAAACCAUCCCACACCUGUUACCAAGGAGGUACAAUCACCUGGUUUCUGACUAAUCCCAAAUGUUUUCCUGAGACUUGAGCAUAUGUGGAAAUAUCAAACAAACCUAAUGACUGGACUGGGGUGGGGCCAGGAAGCCAGAGCCACCGUCCUUCCACCUGGCACUUGCUGUGAGCUCUGGGAAGCUUUAAAUAGGCAUCUUAAAUGCUUUGUUAACCUAAUCGGUUUGGGAUGUUUUGUGGGCAGUUUCCUUUUCUGAUGUGGCCAAAACCGGAGACUGCUCUCUAUCGUCUUGAGUCCAGAUGAGGCUCAAGUUUGCUCGGCAUCAAACACUACAGAUCUCAAAAUUAACGUGACAUUUAACGUUGCCAACUUUAUUUUGUGCAUUUGUGUCAGAACAUUUAGUUUACAGGUUUCGGGGCUCUCUCAAACUGUGUAAUUUGCUUUGAGAAGUACACUCAAUACAAUUUUUUAAUUGUUUAAAGCUGCAUUCAACAUCAAACUUACCUUGGGUUAACUUUUGACAACUUACAUGUGGACAAAGCUAAUAGUGGUUUUUUAAACAGCAACAGCACCUUGCCUGAACGGGACUUUAAAGAAAUAUAUUGAAAAAAACAUAUUCGAACCCUUAUUUGAUUACUUUAAUUGUACCAUUAAAACAUUUGACUUAAAUUAUCGGACCAUUCCAGUCAGUGUACUGUUCUGAUUUCUCAUUGUGUAGGCCAAUUUGCCUGUCAGUGCGCAUGUCUUGUUCGCUGGUCUUAUAAUUUUUGUGCAAUAAUUAAAGGCAAAGGACUAGAUGCACUAUUGUGUAAAGAGAUUACACAUGACUGUACCCUAUUGCACUUAAUCAAAUAGUAUGUGGGGAUUUACAAUCGCUUGCAUUGUUUCACAAAAUAAAUGUCUGUCAAAUACUAGA